CUUGAUUUGACCGCUUUUGCAAAACCUUACAAAUUGUCGAGGUGACGCACGAAUCGUUUUACGACAGCUUGACCUUCAAGUGCACAGCAACCUACAUCAGUGGACGAUAUCCUUGAAGCGCGUUACCUUUUAUCUUGUGUUGGGGACAAAUGAAGCUGACUGAUUCUACUAUCAGAACUUUUAAACCUGUGAAAUAUUUUAAGGAGAAUUCAGACCGUAUCAAUUCCCUCAGUUAUUCCAGUAAUGGUGAGACGCUUAUUUCUAGCAGUGAUGAUGAUCAGAUGGUGACUUACGAUUGUUCUAGCGGAACACCUAAACGUACACUUAACAGCAAAAAAUAUGGAGUAAACUUGAUACAAUUCACUCACAGUCCGACGACUGCAAUUCACGCUUCAACAAAGAUUGAUGAUACAAUACGUUACCUUUCUUUGCAUGAUAACAAGUACAUCAGGUACUUCCAGAGUCACACUAAAAGGGUCGUUUCGUUGUGUAUGUCACCUAUUGAUGACACGUUCCUGUCUGGUUCAAUGGAUAGUACUAUUCGUUUGUGGGAUUUGAGGUCACCUAACUGCCAUGGUGUAAUGCAUGUUUCUGGUCGACCAACAGCGGCUUUUGAUCCAGAAGGAUUAAUAUUUGCAGCGGGGAUUAAUUCCGAAUCUGUUAAGCUCUAUGACCUACGAUCAUUCGAUAAGGGACCGUUUGCUACGUUCAAAUUGGGCAUGGAAACAAGUGGAUGCAUUUGGACCGGUUUACAAUUUUCCUCUGAUGGAAAGGCUCUUUUAAUAACGACCAACGGAACUCAUAUUCGUCUAGUUGACGCAUUUAAGGGAUCCCAUCUGCAUACAUUAGCCGUUAUACCAAAUACUGAUAGACAAACGCUACAUGCCAGUUUCACACCAGAUAGUCAGUUUGUUUUAAUUGGUUCGCCAGACGGAGUUGUACAUAUUUGGUCUGUUGAAACUGGAGUACGUGUGGCAAGCCUACCAGGUUAUGAAGCUGCUACCCAGUUACCAAACGCUGCUAUUCAUAGUCUCGCUUUUAAUCCCCGGUUCGCAAUGCUAGCUACAGGAUCUAACCAAACGUCGUUCUGGCUUCCUGCUCUUGAAGAGUAAAAAUGAGUUAUCUGUGAUGUCAUAACUUUCUUAUUCUUCUUCACUUUUGUAAAUAUGUUACUCUUAACUAGCAAACUUCAAAUUGCUAACCAUUGUUACGUUUUUGAAAAAAUACAUUUUCAAUUUAUGUGAUAUUAUUAGUGAUGCUAAACCAUCAAAUAAUAUGAAAUAAAAUUACAUAACAAAAUGCAACCAGCUCACAGUAUGCCUGAAGUAUUUCGCACUGGUGACUAAUGAAAGCAAGUAUAAUAAAUCAAGUUAGUAAUGUUAUUGGACAUAUAUGAUAAGUAAACUUGCGGGAGGAAAAUAAUUAAUUCGUAUUUGUAAUCUUAAACGUUGCUAGGUGGAGUUAAUCGCUUUCGUAGGCAAAUUUGACUCGAAUACGUAUCCCACAUAACUUCGCAUAAAUAUACGAUUAGGAAACAUUUACGCCACGAUGAUUGUCAACGGUGCCAAAAUAUAAGGCGUUAGGGGAAAUAGUAUUUAAGGGACACUGCACUAGUAGACUAAAUGUAUAAAAUCCAGGAAGUCAGUAAUAAUGUAUUUGUAUAUGUGUCCUGGAUAGAUAUAUUCUACAGGCUUAAUGUAAUAAGAUAGUAGGUCAAACAUAUAUGUAUAUCAAAGUGUAUUUGAGUCAGUUUAUAACUAAUCAUAUUAAGAAAAAUAAUAACCCGUAGGAUAGAAAUAACGCAUUUAGUCGUUACAUGGUUGUCUGGUUUGGUACGUUCAGACUACAUGGUUUUGGUUGCGCGAUCGUGACCGACGACUCGAGACUUUGGGUGACAUGGUUGAGAAUCGGUAGCACAUGCAUUAACUUUUUGUUUCCCUUUAGCCCCUAAGUUUCGAUAUUCAUAUACAUUAUUUUCUCACGAACCUAUUCUUUCUCGAAUCGUAUUGUUUAUGCCUAAUUUUAUCUACCGCUAUUGAUUCUGUGGUGCGUGCUACUUAUAUUGAUAUAAGUAGU